AUGAAUGAUAUCGAUACACUCUACAACUUACCUGACGAUGUGAUGAUCUACAUUAUCGUGUUUCUUUCUGUUCCUGAUAUCCUUCUCCUCCGCCAGACAUGUAAACGGUUCAAUGCACUUACAAGACUACACAUCGUCUGGACAAAUGCAUACAAACUCGAUAUCAUCUCCAAUGACUACCCCAUUCCCGUCGAUGACACCGAUCUUGAACAGCGCACACGCCAUGCCUACCGACUCGCAUCUCGAUGGCUUGCAGACUCGCCUAUGAUGCCAGCGAGCGAGACGAGUUUUACUGGCUCGCCUGUAUCCGAAAUCAAACUUAUACCAGGCCGACAGCACAAGUGGUUGCUGAUUGUAUUGAAAGGAAUCUGGUCGGUGUUGACGAUCUGGGAUAUCAUGCACGUGCACAAGUACUCGGAGUGGUCACCAAGAGGCGCGCUGUUCACUGGGGUGAAGCUGAACACAGAUACAGAGUCUGAGGCGAGUAUCACUGUGGCGUUGGAUGGAUCACAGAGGAUCGCGCUCCUGCAUCUGGACAAUGAUGGAAUCCUGCAUGAAAUCUGCUCGUUCGAGAUCGACCUCCAGCCCGUCACCCUCACUGGUGAUAUCAUAGCCCUCAGCGACGAGUUCUCGACAACGCUGAUCUAUAAUUGGAAGACGGGCGAGCGGGCCUACCUCGAUGAAUGA